AUUCUGGAACCUUCGUCUGACAAAUGGGGCCUAUCGCAGCUAAUCAAUCAGGGGUCUUGUACUGCGACGGAAGUAACGAGCAACAAGCAACAAGCAACAAGCAACAACAACCAAUUUGAUAAGGCUGAAACUUUGGAAACAGAUGGAAACACGAGAUGCCUUCAUCUCGUUCAUUCUUUAACACACAAUCACCUUGUCAAUUCUCUCGCUGCUAACACAUUCCCUCUUCUUACCUCUGUACUUACUCACUUAUCCUACAGCCUACAGCCUACAGCCUAUCGUCUAUCUUUUCUAUAAGACAAACCUACCUAGGUUUAAUGCCUCUCUCUUAAUACAGCUUAUUCUCAUCUAUUCCUGUAAUCGUAUGGACUAGUAGCGCGUAUUUCUUAUUUGCAGUCCUACAACUAUCCGCCACCCUUUAACAAAGAAGUCCUCAUCCCUAUCUCUCCGCCCAUCAUAAGUAUCCUCGAUAGCGCAACAUCUACGUCGUUAUCAAGGUCUAAGGCUUGAAACCCUCCGAAACAACAAGACCUAUCCUUCGACCGAGUUUACUAGCGAACACCAGUAGCGAUGGGGAAGGACGUGGCAAAGUCCUUCAAGCUAAAGGAAGAUGGGAACCAACACUUCCAAUCCGGCGACUUUAUAGGUGCCGAGAGCCUCUACUCCAAAGCCAUCAUCGCGGACGAUACGAACCCCUCAUUGUACACAAAUCGUGCUAUGGCACGGCUUCGACUCGGACUAUACGAAUCGGCCAUCUCAGACUGCAACGAGUGUCUCAAGCUAAGCGGAGGCAAUCUAAAAGCCUACUUUGUCCUUUCCAAGUGCCAGCUCUCUAUACACGACUACGACGCUGCCCUCGAGAGCGCUCUGCAAGCCCACCGCUUGUGUGUUGAGACGAACGACAAGUCAUUGGGCCCAGUUACCGAUCAGGUCCUACGCUGUAAGAAAGAACGUUGGGACGAGAUGGAAAAGCAGAGGGUCCGUGAGGGGCAAGAGCUGGAGAAUGAAGUCAUCGGCCUCUUGGAACGCGAACGUGAGGACAUGAUCGGCUCGUGCGACAACGACUUCGACAGAGAUCAGGUUACGCAGGAGUGGAAUCACAAGAUCGAGUUACUACGAUCGACAUUCGAAAAGGCUAGAGCCGCAUCGGAGAAGAAGCGCGAGGUCCCUGACUGGGUAAUUGAUGAUAUCAGUUUCGGUAUCAUGAUCGAUCCGGUAAUUACCAAGACCGGCAAGUCAUACGAGAGGGCGUCUAUUAUGGAGCAUCUUCGAAGGCAUCCCACCGAUCCUCUGACAAGAGAGCCACUACACCCCAGCGACCUACGGCCAAACCUUCAACUAAAGGAGGCCUGCCAAGAGUUUUUAGACCAGAACGGAUGGGCAGUUGAUUGGUAACUGGGGGGGGUGGUAAGCAAUAUACGGGGAUACUUGAGAUGAUCUGACGGUAAAAGAGCCGAUACAAUGACACGAGGGAGAGUGCAAUGGUAUGGAUUAGUAUUUCGGUUUUAGCAAGCCCUGCAUUGGACGGCGUUUUUCUUUUUCUCUUCCGGGUUGGCCUAGUUGCGCCAUUGCAGGAUACCCGACAUUCGUAUGAGGAACGAAUAUUUGAGGUCACGGUUACGAGAAAUGAAUAAGUCAAGUUACACAUUAUUAAUACCAGAAUAUUACUCGAGAUAGUACAGUUACUAUAAACUAGAUAGAAAUCAUGAAAGAUGAUAAACGAUGGUAAUAAAUUUUUAAAUCUCGGUCUUGAUAGAAA